CUGACGAGCCGGAAGUCCCGCCUGCCGAUCCGUGGCUGUUGUUGUUGUGACAGGGACCGUGACAGCGACAGGCCCGGCACGAGCCCCCGCCCGCGCGCCCCCGGGCCCCGCCGCCGCCGGCUCCGCUUCCCGCCCGCCCGCACCAUGAAGUGGAUGUUCAAGGAGGACCAUGCGCUGGAGCACAGAUGUGUCGAGUCGGCAAAAAUCCGAGCCAAAUACCCUGAUCGUGUCCCGGUCAUAGUGGAGAAGGUCUCAGGAUCUCAGAUUGUUGAUAUUGACAAGAGGAAGUACUUGGUUCCAUCUGACAUCACCGUGGCCCAGUUCAUGUGGAUCAUCAGGAAGAGGAUUCAGCUGCCCUCUGAGAAAGCAAUAUUCCUCUUUGUAGACAAGACUGUCCCACAGUCCAGCUUAACUAUGGGACAACUUUAUGAGAAGGAAAAGGAUGAGGAUGGAUUCUUGUAUGUUGCCUACAGUGGAGAGAACACAUUUGGUUUCUGAAUGGUGGGUCUUGCCUACUAUGCCAUCCUGCUGUGUAUCUUGUAAAUAGCUGAUCAUUUUCUGUUCUGGUAUUCACAGAAGUUCCUUCUACAUACACGCAUUUGUAACUGGAUUUGUUUCUUAAUAUAUUGAUAGUUUUUGUUUUAUUAGACUGUUAAAUUAUCAAAAAGGUUUUGUUUUUGUGCAUUUUUUUUCUCAUUGCUAUCAGUUCCCAGAGCCUCACUCCUUGGGGGUGUUAGGGAUACAUUUGAUGAGAUUGAUUAAAUAAUAAAGUAGUUGGGCUACUGAAACAUGAAGAGAAGAACACACAUUUAUUCUGUUUUGAGGUGUAUAAGAAAAAUAAAAUAAUUCAAUUAGUAUUUGGAACACUGGAUUUGCUAGCUUAUCCUAAGCAAAAGCAAGAUGCUGAUCAUGUUGAAUUUAGCUAAUAUGUUCCUCCUUCUCAAUUAACAAACAAGUACAAUAAAACUGCUGUCACAAA